AGAGUAAGACAAAACGAAAACAAAAUGGCGGAAGUGAAGCUGAAAAUUCUUCUUCGCUUGUACAAGCUUAGAGAUAAGUUUGAUGCCGUUAUUCUUGCUCUUCACGCUUGUCUUGUCGAGCGUGGAUUCCGUUGCAUAAAUUCUGGAGAGGAGGUGAGUACACAUCUUGCUGAAUAUGCUCUGCAAACGAAUGAAUUCCUGUAAAAUAACCGUUAAUACCAAAAACCUGCAAACAUGCAUUGCAUGCACUGCCACUUUGACUUUAAAAUAUUGUAAAUUAUAAUUAAGUCCCUUUAAAAAAGCAAAGACCCGUGUAAUACCCAAUUGACAGACGCUUUUUGCGCGCUCGGAGAUAUUAGCAUGUUUUGUGCUAUCUUUAAAGUCUUUAAAUGCGAAGUUAAAUAAAGUCAUUGAUUGAUUGUUUCUUUGAAAAAACUUUUUCUUUCCCCUUUGAUAUUUAAAUCUUGUGGCUAUAUUCACAGAGAAAUCCUCAGCAGGAAUGUGACUUUGGGGAAACUCUUCCUCCAGACUGGAAUAGCCUUGACGAUGUCUAUGCACUCCAGUAUCAAAGAGAGAACUUGCCCGCAGUGUUUAUUUUUAAGGCACUCAGGCUGGGCGAUAAAGUUAUGGUGUAUCUCAUGGUAUGCGUAAGCUACUACUGUGCUGUUUUAUUUAUAAUUCUCUUGCAUGCUUGCUUUUUUUCUUUAAAUUAAUAUUUAACUUCACGUGGUAACAAUAAUUAUUGUAAUCACACAGUUGGUUAUAGUGGAACCCCACCUUUAUACAACCACUUUGUGAAUACAGUAGAACCCUGGUAACUCGAACUCUGAAGGGAAACGAAAAACAGUUCGAGUUAGCAGAAAUUUGAGAUUGGGGUAAAUUUCAGUGAAAUUUUGAUCAAGGAAAAGGAGUUUAGUUUUAGUUAGCGGGGAAUUCCAGUUAUCCGAGUUCGAGUGAUCGAGGUUCUAGUUCUACCUACAUCUUGGCUAAGUUAACAAGACUUUAAAAUUAGAUCUGACACUCUUAUUCAUUCAGGAUAAAUUGGUCAGCUAAAGUGGUUGCAGACUUGCCAAGUCUCACAACUUUUUCGCAAAUCUCAAAAACUCAAACUCCAAAAAAAUUUGGAGCUGUAGGGUUGGUUUCCAAGUUACAUGAAGAUAUCAUAGAUAGCCAGCUCAAUCCAAAGAAAGCCUUAAGCAGUCGAGUUUGGUUACAUUCUUUUAGCCUACCGUGACUUGCUGCUGCCACCAAAUGUGCAGACUCACUGUUUCUCAUGUUUCAAGAUGGCCCCACCAACAAAGCAUAGAAAUUAGAAAACCUAAAUCGUAAAAUUGAUUGUGAUGUUUAUGAGUUCCAUCUUUAAAGACAUAGUGAUAUGUGACUUCCAGAACCAAUUAUCCCAACUGGAAGUCCUUCCUCUUGGAAAUUUGGGACACCUCACUACUUUUUACCCAUUUCUUACUACUUUUCCCAGCUCUUGGUUCAGAAUCUCACAUUUAUUUUGCCUUUUGGGGGUUGUUGGCAAGUCUGUGUUAGAGAAUCGGUGUUUGAAGUGGUAAGCCUGGUUUCAAUUUCUGGGCAGCCCAACACUCAGGAUCUUCAAAUAGCUGGGGAGAAUGCAUGAGCUGCCAUUGUCCCACAUCUGCAAAUAGUUAGACAUUAAUUUUAGUCUUUGGGGAUAAGUAUGGAAUACAUGGCUUUUAGACCCUGUCUGUGAUCUGACUCUUGUGCUGGGGAGGUAAAAGAACCAUUAGUCAUUCAGUCAGUCGGUUUCAGCCAUCGAAUGUCAACCCGUUAGACAUAUGCCUUACCUUGAGGCAAAAAAAAAUGCUCCACAAUAAAAAGGUUUUUUUUCAGUAGGGUUCCACUGUACCUUAAAAUCAUUUCAUAUAUUAGGUAACACUUCAGAUUUGUUCAUGUACCUCACUACAUUGGUUAAAUAAGUACCUUUAAUAGUUAAAAAUCAUAAUUCAGUUUCUUACUAUUGAAAACAUAAUUAACAGUGCAUUAGUAACCUCUAAUAGGAAUGUUUGAUAAUAAAUUCUUAUUAAUACAUGUAGGAGGAAGAUGAAUCCAAAAUGCAUGAUACAAAUCUUGAUGUUGAUCACUACACUUGUGGAUCAGUUGAUUACAACAAUGUUAAAGGCACCCAGCAGAUGGACAGGUUAGCUUAAAGAUGAAUUUCUAUUUUUAAGGUAAACAUUAGAUAUCAAGCAAAAGAGAAUGACUGAAGAAGAGUAAGGACUAAUGCUAGGUGUGUGCAAGGUGUAGAGUUGACUGUAUAAUUUGCUUAUAAUUUAUCACCCUGCUGUGCAUUUGGUCGUAGGCAUCUAUGAAUCCUCUGUCUCUUUUUUUGUUAAGCUAUAGUGUCUGUCCUGUGUGUUUUAUAGUUGUUAGCAUGAAUCACUCACCAAGUUCUACACUAAAGACAAGGUUUUAGCCAGAAGGGUGUCCAGCAGUCCUAUGGACGCCCAUUUUUGGAAAAAAUUCAAGGCAAAUUCACUUAAUCUCUUUAACAUAAUUUUAUGGGAAAACAUGCCUUCUGGACGGCCAGUUUUCAAUGUCUGGCUUAAAGCCUGACUAAAGGAAAACUUUUUUUAGCAAUAACCUACAUUACCUUGUACCCUGUUUGAUCUCCACUUAAUAUAGCAUCUUCAGACACCUGGAUCAGUUAAAAUCCAAGGUGUUCAAAGAUAUAGUGGACAAAUUUGGCUCUAGAUCAAGAAGAACAGACUCUCAGGAGGGGAGACAGGAAACCAGAGGAGAAAAUCAAAGGUAAAAGUAAACAAUUCAUAACUGGGAGAUAUAACUACUUCUUUUCAGUUCAGCUACUUUGAAACGACCUGUAAUAUUAAAUAUUUUGUUAUGACUGGUGUGUGCAAUGUACAGAACUGGGAACUAUGUUCACUGUUUAGGCGAUAAUGAAACAAUUUUACAAACAAAAAAAUUGAUGUCUAUAAGAGGCAGGCAGAGUGGAAAAAAAUCCGUGUUCUAGUUUGCUAAUAGAGCAUAGCCUCAAAUACUUUCACUAGCGUGAUUACAGUCAAUAAAACUAUUAUACACCUCCUCCCCAAUAAAAAGUGGUAUUAACCUAUUAUUUUGCCAAUGUGAACUUGCAUUACUGUCAACUCUCUCUAAAGGCCGAUGUAGAAGGUAUGAUUUUUGCUUGCGACUAUUGUGUGUGGCUAGCAUAUGUCAUGACUUUUGAGCAUCCACACUUGCACAAUUUUCACUUACAACAUCCAUGCGUCGUACAAAUGUUGUGGGUCUUAUUCACACAAAAAAAUCUGUCGUGAAGUCAUGACGAAUGCUGGUCGUGCACGAUAGUCCUAAACAAAAAUCGUACCAUCUAAAUUGGCCAUAAGAUGGACACCUUUGGGACAGGCACCAAGUGAGAGAGAUGUCCAUCUUACAGAGAGUCAAAUAAAGGGAGUAAAGAAAGGCAGGGACCAACUCUAGGUGUCCGUUUAACAGAGGUGUCCGUCUUAUAGAGAGUCAAAUAAAGAGAGUAAAGAAAGGCAGGGACCAGUUCUAGGUGUCCGUUUUACAGAGGUGUCUGUCUUAUAGAGAGUCAAAUAAAGGGGGUAAAGAAAGGCAGGGACCAGUUCUAGGUGUCCGUUUUACAGAGGUGUCCGUCUUAUAGGGGUUCAAAUAAAGGGGGUAAAGAAAGGCAGGGACCAACUCUAGGUGUCCGCUUUACAGAGGUGUCCGUCUUAUAGGGGUGUAUGUUAAGAGAGAGUCGACUGUAUACGUUGUGCAUUAUUUCCCAUCUUUGUCACUUCUUACUUUAUUAUCAUUCACAUGAUCAAUAAAUUGACCUUCCAACCAUCUCUUCUUUUAAAAUAUUAUUUAUUAUUUUUGUUUGUUUUUGUGCCAGUGAUAUUUAGAUCUUCUACGUGGAUGAUGUUAUGACUGGUCUAAAGUUCAAAAUUAAUGUGGAUGUGUUGUACUCUUAGUGACAUUCAAAGUCAUAUUCAUUCUUUUAUCUCAGGAGACUUAACAUGUAAAUUAAAUUUAUAGUAGAAAUUUUCUAAUUUAGUAGGGAACAGUCAAGAAGGCUGAUAGAUGAUGAUCCUUUGAGAAUUCCUCCUCGAAGACCCCCUGAUUUUCAUGGCGAGUGGUAAGAUAAUUAAUAUUUUUUAUACAAGAAAGUGUUUGUCAUGUUCAUGUAGAGAUCAUUAGUAGAGUUUUAGUUGAAAAAUUAAUAUGCCUGUCGACUCUAAAGCUCAUACACUCAAGAUGCUACCUCUUAAGACUUUGAAUAUUUGGUAGAAUCGGACCAAUGUCAAACUAGAAAAGCCCACGUUUAGCAUGUGCAGAUUUAGAGUGCCCUGAAAUUUGAAAGAAUUUUCAGUGGAAUCCUUUUAAUUGAGUCUAUUUCCUAGAGCUGUAAUUUCUUGAAACAGGUGAUGCUAUCAGAGUUCUUUAACCAAUAAUUAAAUAGUAGUAUAUAGCUGGCAAGUGCACUUUUCAGGGGUAGGGUGCAGCUACUUUAAACUAAUAAAAGGAUAAAGCAUGGUAUGAUUAUUUUUUGAUCAGUGAUACAAUAAUCUGGAAUUAUUAAAUUUGCGUGCUAUUGGUCUCCCUAGGGCACCCCCAGUUGGACCAUUUGGAUAUGGAGAUGGUGACAGGUUCCCUGGCCACCCUGGGUAAGUUUACUUUUGCAGUCCUUUCCCAGAUUAUUUGCACCUUCCCCAUAGUGACAUAGUAUGUACAUUUUUGAAAAUUAUCCCUGUUUUUCAGUACCAGUGGUGGGAUGUUAAUGGAUCCAUUUCGUGCAGGAGGCAUGGGCUCCACUGGUGUUGGACCUCCACCCCGCCCUGGACAGUUACCAAGGUUAUUGAUCUUAAGUCUAUAAUAUAAUACUCAUAAUUUAUAGACUUCUAAAAUAAUGGUGCACUUCUAUGACAUGUAAGUUAACAUUGAUGUACUCAAGACCUGUUGGAUUUCAUUUGCCAGUAAUGUUGCCAUUGAAUAGCCAAAAAUGGUAUUUUCAAAAUGGUAGCAGUGUUUUACAGUAACAGAUAAUAAUGACUAUAUAAUAAUAAUAAUCGCAUUACUGUCCCCAGGACCUUUGUUUGGAUUAAAAAGUUGCUUUGGGAAGAAAAACACGUGCACGUUGCCUGCAUGUGGAAUGCACUGGCCUGUGCAGUUUUUGAGUUUCAAUGUCUAGCCUGCAACUUAACAUGUUUUAAACCAAAAUAUACGUUGAUUGUCACAGGGGCGCUGUUCCACCCGGGGCUAGGUUUGACCCAUUUGGUCCAGUACCUCCUGGAGGAUCUCGUGCAGAUUCGAGAUCAGGCAGAUUUGCUGGGUAUGUAGUUGUGCUUUUUCUUAUAAAAACUUGGUUUAUUGUCUGUGAACUAUCAUGGUAUUUGUGUUUGUGUGUCUGGGAUCAGGGUUGUAGCCAACUUAAUUGUUUUUGGUUUAUAAUAUUAUGUCCUUAGUCAAAUGAUAUCACCAUAUUAUGACAUGUAAUAACAUCAGUGUGCAAAGAAAGUUGUAUCUGAUAGCCCACUGCUAGUUGAUUUUGUGAUCAGGCUAGUGAAUUCUGUUCUUAACUUGCACAGCGGGCAUUUCAAAUUUUUUGGAAAAAUAUAAAGUUCAGAAGUAAUGUAAGACAAAAUUGUGGAUUGCAAGCUGUUUUUCAAGCUGAUCUGAUGAAGUGAAAUUAUUACACUAAAUUAUUACACUGAACCAAUAAAGCAAGUAAUUUGAUAACUAAUGGUGUAAUAAUUAAUUGAUACAGUCAACUCUUGCCUUGCGGACACCCUGCAAUAACAGGUACCCCAGAAUACAGACAGCAGCUAAAUCCCUGGCAAAAAUAAACUCCAGAUGUUUGACUGAAUUAAAGUGCUACUAUUACAGACUCUCGUUAAUGAGGACACUAAGUCAAGGUCCCUACAGUGUCUGCUAUAAAGGCAGUUGACUGUAUUAAUAAAUUAAUAAUAAUAACAGUGAAACCCCUGUUAAGCAGACCCCUAAUUAAGCGGACACCCUCUGUUAAGCGGACACUAAACCGGGUCCCAAAAUGAACAUCUGAUAUUUCUCUUUAUAAUGAACCCCUACUCUGCGGACACCUCUAUUAAGCGGACGCAGACAAUAAAAUAAAUUGUAUUUGGCUAAUUUCUAUUGUUAAAACCUCUAUUAAGCAGACACCAGACUGAAUUGACAAUAGUAGCAUUGGAUUACAUCCUUGAAAUACAUACUGUUAAGUCAGUUAAUGUUUUUGCAUUUACAAACAAAUUAAGGUUGGUAAUGAAAGGUAAUGAACUUGAACUCUGGAUAGCUUCUUUAACAACAUGCCACUUUCUCACAGAACAGAGUAACCGUCAAAUGUUGAUUGUUAACAUACAUUGUGCAAUUUUUGCAUCCUCUAUUAAGCCGACACCCUCUUUUAAGCAGACACUUGGGAAGGUCCUGAAGGUGUCCGCUUAAUAGAGGUUUCACUGUAUUAAUCUUGCUCAUCCAAAAUUUUUUCAGGCUAGUGAAAAUGAGUUUCAGAUUAGUAGAUGCUUGCCAAAGUUUGCCCAAAGGGAAAGCUGUAAAACUGACCUUCUUUGCACUCUGUAGUGCGCAUAAUGAUCAUAACAUAAAUUGUUUUAUUAUGUUUCAGACCAGAUCCAGACCACUUGCCUCCCCCUGGGUAUGAUGAUAUGUUCAUGUAAAUUUAAAGUAAAUUGCUGGCUGCAUCUGCUUGUAUUUUAUGUGAGUUUUGUUUGUACAAUAACACAAUUCAAACAAGUAUUAAUUAAAGACCAAACCAAAGUUAAAGUAAAGGCAGACUGACUUUGUCUCUCAAAUUUCUGUCUUGUAUGUUUGACAGGACACAAAGGCAUUGUAUUGCAACACUCUUCUCACAAAUUAAUAUCUUUUCCCUUUUUUUGAUGACUGCAAAACAGGUUUGCAAAAACAGGUUUGCAUCAUGUAGUAUUUAAAUGUCCUUUGACUGUAUGUUUUACAAAUGCAUG